AGUCUCGCCGGAGAUCUCCAUAAUUCCGAUUAGCCACCGCCAAUCAGUCAUGGAUCGAUUUGUAUCCACCUUCCUUCUGCCGAUCUUCAAUCCAACCUAAACAUAGAGAACGAUACAGAGAAGAUUAGCAUUACCCCGGCGCAAGGAUGACACGCAUAAAAGAAUGUGCUUUAAGUUUUCAAAUGCGAAUUUUAUGGAUUUUGGGGUUGGUCAUUUCACUCUCUAUUUUGCAAAUUAAAUAGAGCCGGUCGGCUCGAACCAAUCCAAAAAUAAUCGUUGUCGGUUCGAACAAAUCAAAAGAACCGUCUAGUCUAUGAGGAAAGUUGCGAACCAGAAGUAGCAGGUCGGUCAUAAACAGAUGGCCUGAUUUUUCUCCUCUUCAGUUCUCGCUACGUCCACGACGCAACUAAACUUGUUUUCUUACAUCGAUGAAACCCAAAUCAUAUUGUUGUUAGAUCAGAUUGAAUAUCAAACCAAGAUGGUGAAUCUGUUCUUGUCUGAACCAAAGAGGAACGAUGUUGCCUACAACAGUAGCAACAACAUCAAUGUGAUUUUGCCUCUGUUGAACAAAUUAGGCUCUCAAAUUCAAUCGUUGGUCACUCAUGGAGCUCGAUCAGAAGCUAGACUUUGGCUUUGUAGUGCUCUUUCUACUAUUUCUAUAUCUCCUAGGAAGCAACUUAGUAUUUUCAUGAAGUUAUUGAGAUCAAAACCCAGAAAGAUGCAGUUUUUAUCUCAGUUUCUGACAAUGAUGUUCGAAAAGAGACCGAGGAAACUUGGAUCUUUGUUAGCUAAAAGAAGUUAUAUACUUGAGAAGUUCUUUGAAGGGAAUACGAAGCGUAUACUAGAGUGGUUCUCUGAGUUUGCUUAUGAUGGUGGGUCUGAUCACAAACGAGGUGCAAAAGCAUUGGCGCAGUUUGCGUUUGCGAAUCGGGAUAUUUGUUGGGAAGAGCUCGAGUGGCGAGGUAAACACGGGCAAUCGCCUGCGGUUGUUGCUACAAAGCCUCAUUAUCUUCUUGAUUUGGAUGUGCAACGAACCAUUGAAAAUUUUCUCGACAAUGUUCCUGAAUUCUGGUCUUCCAAUGAGUUUGCUGAGUCGCUUAAAGAUGGACAGAUUUUGUUUCUUGACACGAAAUUCUUUAUAGAUCUCUUUAUUGGUUUCAUGUAUGAAGAAGAUAUGGAUGAUGUUUGGGAUGUUGUUGAGGAGUUUCUUAGGGAGGAGUCUUUCUCUUCGUUAACACAGCAUCUCCUUAUCACUCUUGAAGAACGUGACUUGUGUCGAUUUCUUGAAUUGCUUGGCAACUAUUUCGAGCCAAGUAUUAAAUCUUGGGAUAGUGGUGACUCGUCUUGCUGGCUCGGGGUUGUUCUUUCAAGAUAUGUUGACACAGAAUCUAUCGACGAGCUGCUGCUGCUGAAUUCUAUUAUCAACCAAGGUCGUCAGCUGCUGCGGCUUGUACGUGAUGAAAACGGGAAUGAUGAGGGAGAAAUGUUGAAAGAAACCAUGGCAGAGAUCUGCAGAGGUUUGGAAAACGGCAAUAGCUUUUCUCUAAUUCUGAGAGAGCUUUCGAAGAUGAAACACAUAGAGGUGAUAAAAUUACUCGGGUUACUUUCUUGGACUAUUCACUUCAGAUUAUCAGAGGAGUGUCAGACUCCAGAUUCAUGGGAGCUUCUAUUUAGAGAAAACGGGAUUGAGUUCCGCAGCUCUGGUGACCACUCGUUGCUAAGCCAUAAUGGAUUCUCUGAAGAAAGUGAAUCUGACUCAGAUAGUAGAAGCCAUGUUUCUAAAAAGAGGCACAAGAGGGAGAAGAAGAAAAGAAAGAUGAAGAAGAAGAUGAGGGCUUUUGAUGAUGAUGAUGAUGACGAUGAUCUCGGUGAUGAUGAGCUUUUAGGUCUGCGUCAAAUAAGUCGAAGUUGGUUGCUAUCUACUGAUGGGUUUUCUGCAACAUGGACCAGUGUGGAUUUACCGGAGUACAUCGCAAGGUAUUGUUUGUCCACAUGGAUGAAGUGGUUACUAGCUAGACAAAAAUGAUUCACACACAAGUCAAAUGACAUAAUAGUAAGAGAUGUCUUCGUCCAUUGUUAAAAUUGGAAUAGAUAGCAUCAAAACAACGGUAACUGAAAAAGAGAGCGAUAGCAACCGUCUUGUGAAGACAUUCUUGUCCAACAAAAACAACAGGAAGAAGAUAAUUGGUCUUGACACCGAACACGUGCAAAAGGGAAGAAAUCUAAAUAAGACUGUCUUGUUGCAGCUCUGUGAUGGAGACAAUUGUCUAAUAGUACAACUUCCCAAUGAAGGUGAAGGUGAAGGUGAUCUCUUUUCAAUUUUCUCAACCUACCCGAGUUUGCAUUUGUAGGCAUUGGCAUAAACAAGACUAUGAUUUAGGCUUGAGAGUGAGUUUGGUUUGACCUGCAAGAAUGUUGUUGAGAUUGGACCCGCCACAUGGAAGCUGACCAAUAUGACGGCCGAUGUGAAAUUUAGGCUCAGUACUAUUGUUUCGACUGAGAGACCAACAAAUGCCGUACUUGACGACUGGGAAAAAUUUGUUCUCAAUAAGAACCAGAUAAAGCUUGCAGCCUCCAAUGCAUACUUUGCUUUUGGCAUUGGGAACAUUCUGUUGGAUGUGUUUGGAUUUUAAGUUUAUCAAUCUAGAUUUCUGUUUGUCUUUCUUUCUUCUUAUGUUCGUCAGUCUUUUGUUGUAGUUUGCAUUUCAACCGGCUACAGACCACAAAAAUGUAAUAUUUGGUUCUUCAGUCU